GGCACUUUGCACCCAACAAAGCUAGUGAAAAUGAAGGCUACUUUUAUGAUCCUGGUGCUCCAAGUGGUCAUCUGUUUCGCUGGAGCGACUGAGUACCAGUUAACAUUGGACGACGAUGGCUUUCUAGCAGCUUGCGAGAAUCAGCCCGGCAAUCCUGCCAGCUUUGAAGCGCUGUUUGAAAAUUCCUCUCUUACAAUACAAAACCUUGGUUCGAAAGUUCAAGUUGAUGGAGAACACAAGGUGGUCUGGAAAGAUGUCCAGCCUGGAGACACAUUGAAAAUGUUUGGUCAAGUCUAUCGCCUGGAUAAGGGCACCUGGCAGAAGACUAUGUUUACCGCCAGCUCCAAUAACUUUUGCAAAAACAUGUUUGAUAAGAACCAAUACUGGUAUAAUUUCUGGACAAAGUAUAUCAGCAACUCCGACGAGAUCAAGGAAAAGUGCUUGACCACACCAGGGGCCAAUAUUAAGUACAAAGACUACGUCCUGGAAUUGAAGAGCAGCCUGAAUGUUCCGAAUCUGGAAGGGCGCUACAAGCUGGUAGUCCAACUGGAGGCCUUCGAUAAGCGCAAUGAAAAGCGACCAGUGUCCAUUUGCAUGGAAUGCCGUGGAACUGUAAAGCAGCUCUAAUCAUGACAAUUUUAUAUGCAUGCUGAACAUACAGCAAAACACCAUUAAAGUCUAUAAUUGAGCACAUCAAA